AUGGCAGCCCUGCUGAGGGGUACCGAGCCUGAAUUUGCCGUGCUUCAGGACGACACUUGUCUCUAUUUUCUCAACCGCAUAGCUAUCCCUAGUGUUAGACAACUAAAAAGCACCGGCCACAAGGGGGGAAAAGAUGAGGAAGGUGUACAGUUUGGUCAUCUUUCAUCCUUGCAACCUGCUGGACCAAGGCUCAAAGCCAAGCCCCUUGCACGCUCGGAUAUAGCCGAAAUGAGCGCAUAA